AUGAAUCAAGGUGAAAACGAGUGCUUGGAGAGCGUGUGCCUCGUGGUUGUGCUGAGCCGUGUCAGGUGUAGUGAGCGGCUGGGCGGCCACUUGGGGAACCCUCGUGGGGGCCGCAAGGAGCGGGCUGCCCGGAGCGACUGUUCUGUCUGCCUGUGGCCCAGACAAAUAAUCUCCUCCACAGGACUCUGUCGAUUUGGAAGUAGAAUUGACUGCUGCUGGGGCUGGGCCCGAUUGUCCUGGGGACAAUGCCAACCUUUCUACGUCUUAAGGCAGAGAAUAGCCAGCCUAAGGUGCCAGCCCAAAGCUAUAUGCCAGCCAGGAUGCAAACAUGGUGAAUGUGUUGGGCCAAACAAGUGUAAGUGCCACCCAGGAUACACUGGAAAAACCUGCAACCAAGAUGAGCAGCCAUAUACAAGUCCACCUGGUCAGAGCAGUGAAGCACUUCUCUUCCUCCCUCUGGAUCAUCAUGCAAGAAAUAUAGCAUCAAGGGACCUAAAUGAGUGUGGACUAAAGCCACGGCCGUGCAAACACCGAUGUAUGAAUACCUACGGCAGCUACAAGUGCUACUGUCUGAAUGGCUACAUGCUUAUGCCAGAUGGAACGUGCUCAAAUGCCCUUUCUUGCUCGAUGGCAAACUGUCAGUAUGGCUGUGAUGUCCUGAAAGGGGAAGUACGCUGCCGCUGUCCUUCUCCUGGACUGCAGCUAGGGCCUGAUGGCAGGACUUGCAUAGAUAUCGAUGAAUGUGCUACUGGGAGAGUUAUCUGUCCACGAUUUAGGCACUGUGUCAAUACUUUUGGAAGUUACAUUUGCAGGUGUCAUAAAGGCUUUGAUCUGAUGUACAUCGGAGGCAAAUACCAAUGCCAUGAUAUAGAUGAAUGUUCCCUUGGCCGCCAUCAGUGUGGUAGUUUUUCACGAUGUUACAAUACACCAGGAUCCUACAAAUGCAAGUGUAAAGAAGGUUACAGAGACAAUGGAACAAACUGCAUACUUAUUCCGAAUGUCAUGAUUGAACCACCUGGUCCAUAUCAUACAUUCAGGGGCAACAGCACGCUCCCUAAGGGAGGCAGUGGUAUAACCAAUAGGAUUCCUGAUGUUGGAGGCACAAGACAACCCCUCAGACUGCCAUAUGUACCUGCUGUUGUUACAGAGCGGCCAGUGACCAGGCCAACAACUCCUCCUAUGCCUGGUCCAACGACUCGACUGACACCAAAGCCAACUACUCGGUAUGUGCCAGUGACAACAAGGCCAGUAACGAAGCCAGUGACGAGGCCUCCACCUCCAACACUACCUCAACCUACAAUGUUAAGACCCACACUACCACCACAAAGAACUCCUCUGAUAACAACCGAAGAGCCUUCACAUGUUCCCAUUGAAACUACAUCUUCCCAAGGAAUAACAGAUGACAACAGGAUCCAACUAGAUCCUCAGAAACCCCGAGGAGAUGUGUUCAUUCCACGCCAGCCUGGAGUGAGCAAUAAUCUUUUUGAAAUACUUGAAAUUGAAAGGGGGAUUACUGCUGAUGAAUUUGAAGCAAACGAUGACCCAGGUGUCCUGGUACACAGCUGUAAUUUUGAUAGUGGACUGUGUGGAUGGAUCAAGGACAGAGAUGAUGACUUGCACUGGGAACCAGUGAGAGAUGCGUCAGGGGGACAGUAUCUCACCAUCUCUGACCCCAAAGGCAAAGAAGGAAGAGUAGUACAUCUUAUCCUGCCCUUGGGUCACAUGGCUCCUGCUGGUGACUUGUGCCUGUCAUUCCGGCAUAAGGUGCCCGGGCUGCAUUCUGGAGCCCUCCAAGUCUUUGUAAGGAAGAAUGGAGCCCAUGGACCUGCUGUUUGGGGAAGAAAUGGUGGCCAUGGCUGGAGACAGACACACAUAACUUUACGAGGACUAGGCAUCAAGAGUGUUAUUUUCAGAGGGGAGAAAGGGAAAGGAAGAACCGGGGAUAUUGGACUAGAUGAUGUGAUCUUGAGGAGAGGACGCUGCUCUGAAGAGCAUUAGCAAAGACAGUGGACCAGCACAGUCAUCUCCUCUAGCCCUUCUCAUGCUAUUC